UUUAAACCCCAACGCGAAGAUUCCUGGUAUAAUGCAAUACCCCCUCAAAGCAGUGAUAUUUGUCAAAACCUUAUACGUCUCUGCCUAAACGCGCAUGCAUAUUGGGGAAGCGCAUAUUUCGCCCGCAAGCUGAUCAGAAUGUCAGACGACAAGAAACGUCUAGAUAUUUAG